CAAAGACUUCUGCACUGACUCUCGAACGAUGAAGUUGUGUUCUGAGAACGUGGCGAUUUCUCUCCACCCCCACCACCCUAGGGGCUGUGCUGCGCACGCUUGGGCCUUUGUCUAAGUAUCGCGUCGAGCACAACGGGGACUCGGCGACUGUGACGCUGUUUUACGGCGCUGACAAGAAGCGACGCUCACCUAGUAGAAUUCGGAGGAGGCGACCUAAGACUACGCAGGGGGGGGGGGGGCUAACUUGGCGGCUCAACCGCCAGGGGCGGCCCCACCUGUUCCGAAGAGGAGGACGAGACCGACAGGGGCGGUGCAGAGUGAUCCAACCCGGUGGCGGUUGAUUGUGCGCUGCCGCCCCCACCUACUCGACCGAAGCACUCGCCAGGAGCGGCCCGGGGGGGGGGGGGCAAAGCUGUCAGCUCCACUGACAGUGGCGGCCCCUCCUGUCGACGUACCAACGCAGAUGGACACGUGGUCAUCGUGACCCCCCAGCCAGUCCACCAGCGCCUCCGGCAGUUGCUGACCCAGCGGCGGCCCAGCAGGAUUCUAAGAGGAGGAAGGUGUCGGCGGCCACCAUACCAAAGACAUCCGACCAACCCGAUUGGAUUCUCGUCUGAGACAAGCUGUCAUCGAGGUACCGAGGAGCGGUCAUCGGCGACUUCACCGACAGCACGCAUCUCAAGGGUCCCUGGAGUGACGAACAUUGGCGCCAACUUCCAACCGGACAAGGGAAGUACCAGCUACAAGGAGCCUUACCAACGGACCAACUUUAUGUGACGGCACAGCAGGACGGACUGUACAGGCAGGGACUCCUGAAACCAUCGAUGUCCAACGCGACCAUUUACCGCAUUUUGAAGAUGGUACUGCGGGACAUCUAUCCAGGAGCCAUCGACAGAAACAUCGCCAUCGACAGAAACAUCGCCAUGUUGACUGAAGGACUCCCCAACUUCAGGCCUGAGCAGUCCAUCACUUCGCCAUGAGUCCUGCGGCGUCAACCUUAACUAGGACAGUGUUUACCGUGACGGACUACAUUGGAACGGAAAACUCAAUCCAGUUACAGUUCUACUCGCUAUGAAUGAUCCAGUGAAGUGUCUCUACUUAUACCGGCUACACUGCUCAUGCUAUUUGUUACGCUGCGGACAAUGUGGAACUUUUCAAAGCUGUCGUAGUCAUACAUAAAUGUCUCGCAUUAAAAAAAAUAAAAAUAGUGGAAUUAAAAAUUCAAAUAUUGUGUUCGGUAUUCAGCAGCGGUAUUCUGGUCUGAGUUAAAAACAAUGAACAAUAAACACAAAGAAAUUCUCUCUAUUCAUCGACAUUUUCUGAUUAAAAAUAUAAUUUGGACGGAACAACUGGGAUCGUUGUUGAGAACUAAUGGAGUACUUACCGAUUCCAUGUUAGCGGAUAUUGAGACCUAUUCCAGUCGUGAUGAAAAGGUCAGCCGUCUUCUCGAGUUACUUCCCCUGCGUGGCGCGCAGGCGUUUGAGAAGUUUUGUGACAUCCUCCAGUUAUCCGGUCACUACUUCCUGUCUGACUUCCUGCGAGAAGAAGACGGCAACAAUGAGAAAACGGAAGCUACUGACUUAUCUAAGAGAUUUCCAUUCAUUGCGAAAUCGCUCAAAGAUGUUGAGAGGAGGCAGCUAGAACUUUACAUAGCAGAAAAGAUCCAGGCGGAGCAAACGAAGCGGAUAUGGAAGAAGGACACGAAGGAGAAGGACCGAUGGCUCGACCUGAAACAGGUGCAGAUGGAGGAGACGUACCAGUUCGAGGAGGAGCGCAGGACGAGGAACGAGACGCUGGCCCAGAUGGAGAAUGAGACGAGGACUGCCCAGGAGGAGUGCUUCGCCCUCAGGGCGGAGCUGCGGGCGCUGGAGGGCGCCAUGAGCCAGAUGCAGCAGAAGCACAAGGAGGACCUUGCCGUGCAGAUGCGCUACAACAUGGCGAACGACAACACGAUCCACAAGUCGAACGAGAAGCUGGAGUUUCUGGAGAGGGUCGUCCGGUCGAUCCACCACAAGGUGAACGAGCGUGUCAGGCCGGUGCCCCGAAACAAGAAGAAAUUCAACAGCGACAAGGUGCCCGUCGAGUUCCACUACGUCAUGGACGAUUUCGAGGCGCUGCUGGCGGAGUUCGAUCGACUUGUGGAGGUCGAAAGGAAGCACGAGAAGCUCGUGGAAGAUUGCAGCUGGAUUCUCAACCACAUGGGCUUCAAGUCGGACGCCGCCGAGGCUCUCUCGGUGUUGAAACAUUACAAACAGUUCUGCGCCCAGAACGAGGAGACGAUGCAGGCAUUAGGGGAAGAGAUUCGGAAGCAGAAAGAAACGAUCGAGCUUCAGCGAACGAGGAUAUUGGAAGAAGAGAAAAAGGAAUCAGGUGCAGGUGUGGAAGAGGUUAUUAUCAACUCGGAAGGAGACCGUGGAGAAGGGAAAGUGGACGAGAAGAGCGAGGAACAGCGUAAAUGGGCGACGGGCAUGUCCGUAUGGCAGGCGGCUAUCAUGAAUGUGAUGCGGAACCAGCUCCAGGACAUCAAGCUGGAGGUGAGGAAGAAGGAUUCGAGGAUCACCUUCCAGGAGGAAGACAUUAAGAAACUGAGAGCGAAGAUUAAGCAGUACGAAAAGAAAUACGCCCGCGACAAGGAGAAACGGAGAGAAGCUGAAGGAGACAAGGAGAUAGAAGAACAGGAGCUCCUGAAGCAGGAUUCGAAUAAAAAAGAGAACGAGGGAAACUCGCUGGAUCUCGUCAACGGUCACACGAGCGCGUCUUCAUCAGCACCGGCGGCCAAUGACGGACACAAAAUCAAAGUGCUACCUCCCCUCAGAUUCGGGUAUGUCGCUAAGCCGAGUGUCUCCCCGAGCCCGAAGCCGUUGCCGAUCAGGCACCUGCAGGCGUCGAUGCCGAGGAACUUCGGUCCGAUGACGUUCCAACACGACACGGCGUAUCCCGAAGGGUUGUCCACGAUGCAGGAGAGAGCUAGAGGGGACUUCGCCAUGAUGUACCGCAUUUCUGUUCCAAGACAUGUUAAAGAGACAUUCCUUUGCCACAGAUCCAGGCCGAGCACAGCAUCCACUGUAUAGGAGUCACACUAUGUAAGAUGUUUCCGACUAAUAAAAUAUUUCUACGAUUAAACUUACAU